CGCAUUGUGACACAGGUCUAAUCCACAGGAGACGGCUUGUUCUGUGCUUUUGCACUGUUGAGGGAGAAAAGUCCGGAUGAUGAUCCUUUAAUACGGCGUUGAUGGAGUCAGUUUUAAUCAGCAUUUGACUCCGUUUAUCACAAUCUGUGCUCACAAACGGUGGAAAAGCAAAGCUCGGUGACUGCAGGCGCAGAGGCCCGUUCCGCUGCAGGCUAUUCUUAGAAAGUUACGUCACGCUUCAGCGGAGGCUGCUUCUCCCUCCGCUCGGCAGAAACAUCAUAAUCACCGCCGUUACCGGAGAGCGCCCCGCUCCCUCCUCUCCUCACAUGGACCGGAACCAUGCAGAAGCACGUGACCCGGGGGCCCUAGGCUGACCGAGCCUCUCACUCCGCAUCAUGGCUGCAGAGGAUGCGGCCGCGCGGUCCCGACGCGGAGCCCCGCUGCCUCCGUCCCGCCUGCUGCUGCUCGUGCUCUCCGCCGGCGCGCUCCUUCCCGCCCCGGCGCUCGGCUUGCUCGGCUUUCGGCCGGAGGACACCGGGGAGGAGCUGUCCGUGGAGGACGGGGUGCUGAAAACCACCGAGGGCAUGCGCUUCAUGCUGCGGGUUUACUACUCCACGACCCCGCAGAGGCUGAACCGCACGGCGGGAGCACGCGCCAACAACGCCGCGCCCUGGAUCGCCUUCAUCGAGGAACCGACUCCCGGGCGCGAGGGGCAGGUUCACCCGAAACGGAACAUGUGCAUGGACAAGAACGCCAGGACGUCCGACAUCGAGGUUUUAGGCUCCUUCAAGUCCGCUUCCAGCCAGAACUCCGUGCUCGUGGAGCUGCUGGCCAAGGACCUGCGGAGGGGGGAGAAGAUCAAAUACUACUCCAUGUGCGCCUUCGACGGCUCCAAAUGGGAGCACUACCGCACGCGGGACUUCUGGGUGGCCGUCGCGGAGCGCUCCGCCGCGCCGGAGCUGUGGCUGCAGGUUCUGGUGUCGGUCCUGCUGCUCGGGCUGUCGGCUCUGUUUAGCGGGCUCAACCUAAGCCUUCUGGCGCUGGACCCCGUCGAGCUGCAGGUGCUCCAGAACAGCGGCACCGACAAGGAGCAGAACUACGCGCGGAAAAUCGAGUCCGUGCGCCGCCACGGGAACUACGUGCUGUGCACGCUGCUGCUGGGCAACGCCAUCAUCAACGCGUCGCUCGCCGUGUGGAUGUGCCAGAUCCUGGGCAUGACGUGGCUCUCCACCGUCAUAUGCGCCUUCGGCAUCUUCUUCGUCGGGGAGAUCCUGCCGCACUCGGUGGCGUCGCGGCACGGACUCGCCAUCGCCUCCAAAAGCAUCUGGGUGACGCGGCUGCUGAUGGUGCUCUCCUUCCCCGUGUCGUACCCCAUCAGCAAACUGCUGGACCUCAUCCUCAACCAGGAGAUCUCCAACUUCUACACCAGAGAGAAGCUGCUGGAGAUGCUGCGCGUCACCGACCCGUACCACGACCUGGUCAAGGAGGAGCUCAACAUCAUCCAGGGAGCGCUGGAGCUGCGCAGCAAGACGGUGGAGGAGGUGCUGACGCCGCUGACGGACUGCUUCAUGCUGGCGUCGGACGCGGUGCUGGACUUCAACUCCAUGUCGGAGAUUAUGCAGAGCGGAUACACGCGGAUCCCCGUGUUUGAAAACGAGAGGUCCAACAUCGUGGACAUCCUGUUCGUCAAGGACCUGGCGUUCGUGGAUCCGGACGACUGCACCCCGCUCAAAACCAUCACGCAGUUCUACAAACACCCGCUGCACUGCGUGUUCAACGACACCAAGCUGGACGCCAUGUUGGAGGAGUUCAAGAAAGGGAAGUCCCACCUCGCCAUCGUGCAGCGGGUGAACAACGAGGGCGAAGGCGACCCGUUCUACGAGGUGAUGGGCAUCGUCACGCUGGAGGACGUCAUCGAGGAGAUCAUCAAGUCCGAAAUCCUGGACGAGACCGACCUCUUCACUGACAAUCGAAGCAAGCGCCGGGUUUCUCACCACGAGAGGAAGCAGCAGGACUUCUCCAUCUUCAAGCUGUCGGAGAACGAGAUGAAGGUGAAGAUGUCGCCCCAGCUGCUGCUGGCCACGCACCGCUUCCUGUCCACAGAGGUGGAGCCGUUCAAGCCCACACACGUCUCAGAGAAGAUCCUGCUGCGGCUCAUCAAACACCCCAGCGUCGUGCAGGAGCUCAAGUUCGACGAGAGGAACAAGCGAGCGUCGCAGCACUUCCUGUUCCAGCGCAACAAACCGGUGGACUACUUCCUGCUGGUGCUGCAGGGACGCGUCGAGGUGGAGUUUGGAAAAGAGGCGCUGAAGUUUGAGAACGGAGCCUUUUCUUACUUUGGAGUCCCAGCAAUCAUGCCCACAGUGCACAGGUCCCCGUCCCGCAGCAGCGGGCUGGACCGGUCCGAGUCCAUGCUGUACGCAGGCAGCACCGGGCAGCUGAACGGGUCGGGCAGCGCCUACCUGCCCGACUACUCUGUGAGGCAGCUAACGCAUCUGCAGGUCCUGAAGAUCACCCGCAGCCACUACCACAACGCGCUGACGGCCUCCAGGAUGGACAGCUCCCCGCAGACGCCCGACGCUGACGGCCGCCCAGCAGAGGGCGGCGCCCCCGCCCCGGCCGCCCACACCACCGCCACCCUCAUGCCUCCACCCAGGGAGCCCAGCCGGCCCGGCUCGGCCCGAACCCGCGGGCAGCAGGCCAGCGUGCCGCACAGCACGUCCCUGCUGAACGAGAAGAACCGCAUCGUCCGGAGCAAGUCUGACGGCCAGAAAAGCCCCAGCGAUUCCGUGUUCCUCAGGAUGGAUGAGAUCCCUUACAUCAGAGAGGACAGGUGUGAGGCAGACGCUCACACGGACAUGGCCUCCGUUCCCAUAGAAACGGACACGUCUCCUUUCAUCAGCAGCCUGUCGCUGAGCAGCUCAGAGGACACACUGGGCAAGAAACUCCUGCUCAAACUCAGUCACAAGAAGAGGAAGAAGUCUCGUGAAGGGGAGAGGACCCCAGAGGACAUUUCCGAGCAGCCGCUGGUGAAGACCUAGCAUCGCUGCUUCACGUGGGCCAUGAAGGUUCUGUGUUCUCUCUGAGACCAGGCUCCAGGCCUCCACCGCUGCAGGAGCUCCAAGCGCCGGGAGGAGCGAAGGCACCGCUCCAUCAGCCGGACGCAGCUUUGGCAACAUGCAUUCAGCUCCAGCUUCUCACCUGCACUGACGCUCGCACAUGAAGGAAUGUAAAAGUUUUCAGACCUUUUCUACACAACGAUGAAUGGAAAACACCAAAGACACUGCUGUUUUGUACAGACUGCUGCCAACGUCUCCACGGUGACUGGUCGCUGUGUUCCAGCUUUUACUUUGAAAUGUUUAUUGCCUGUUUCCUAAUUAUCACAAAUAUAUGAAUAUAACUGAACGCUACAGAAACCUCUUUUACCUUUUCAUUACGAAUCAGUUCGUAUCCAGUUUGUGUCUGGAUGUCAGGUCAAAAAUGCACAAUGACACAAGGAAUACGGCCAAACACGAGUCCUGUGUUCUGGUUGGGUCCAUUAUCACUACAGCGAACCAGCAGCAACACGAGCACACUAAGAACCACCGCGACACACACACACACACACACACACACACACACACACUAAAAUUUGUUCCCAUCAGAACAAUGCACAUUAAACCAUAAAACAGUUUUCCCACGUUGGUUCUGAGGACUUUGAGCAUCUUGACUGAACCGGGUCGGUGCUGGAUCAGACCCACGCCUGUUGCAGCAGCAGGAUGUUCUACUUGCAUGUCCACAUGCUUUUGGCCACGUUGACCCUCGGUCUCUCGCCUGAUGAGGAUAUUAUGGCAUUUCAUUUCCAGGUAUGUUACUGUAAACACAUUAAAGGAACAGUUUAAGUCUU